ACAAGCAGGGCAGUCAUCCAGUAGCCGGUUAAUGGUCCUCGUUUGGGUCUCGUGGCAGAUCUCGUUCUCCGUCAAUCCUUGGUAAAUUGCCGUCAUGAUGUCCCUUUUUGGAUUCAGAUGGACCAGAGACCAGAUGCCUGGUCUUGUGGAAAGUCAGAGCUGCCAUCACCCGCUGAACAUAUGUACCUCGUCGCCCGACUCCGUGAAACCGCGCUGGUUGCCUGCUGGCAGGUUUGCUGCGAGCCAUGUGUUUGCCCAAGACGCCGCACAACGAAAAAAAACUCAGACGCUGUCAAAUGUUUCGGCUAUCGACCGCACUUGCAGCUUCCUAGGCCUGCGCUUCUCCCGCACCGCGCAACGCGGUCUCGACGAGAGCUCCGUGGCGGCGUCCUGCGCUUGGACUACUUUUCGCGCGGCGAGGAUGGAUUUCUGGAGUUGGGCUUCGUUUGGCUUGGCUUGUGGCUGCGGUCGCUGUGCUGGGGACAUUGUUCCCGACGUUUCCUGCUGUUGCUCGGACGUCAUAAAGCGUCCGGCAUUUGUUGAGCUUGCCAGACUGGCAAACAGCCAGAGAAGUAUGAGCAGAGUGGUCGUUAAGAUAAGUAAGGGACUGAUGUAUCAAAGCAGGUUUUGGGUGUCGCCGGCGCGCCAUCGAGAGAAGCUGCCCAACUCUAGCAGCACGUUGAAGACGACAUUCAAGCAUUGCAACUAAUUGCCCUCUGGACGAACGAGUGCAUUGAAUCGUACAGCACUCAAGAUAGUGAGUAGGGUUUGCGCAGCUACCGGCCACCACAACGUGACUUCCGG